AUGCUUCACCUUUUGAUUUUUCUCAAUUCGGUGAAUGCAAUUUAUUAUAUGUGGAACAUAACAAUAGUUGGUCGAUUGUUUUGUAAUGGUAUUCCGAUGGCUAAUCAUCAAGUUAUUCUAAUUGAUCACGAUCACAGUGAGUUGGAUCGAGCUUUUUGUAGAGCUUUCAAAAAUAUGUGUUAAAAUCGGCUAUAUUCUGCAGUUCCUUUCGAUAAAACGGAUUUUCUCAACGAAACUUUCACCGAUGAAAACGGCAAUUUCGAAGUUUAUGGACAAGAGCGCGAAUUUCGCAAAAUCGAUCCGCGACUUUGUAUAAAACAUUUGUGUUAUGAAGAAAAUGUGGUAACAUUGCACGAAUCCAACACUUUUCAUAAGGAUUAUUUGGGAACUGUUGUGAAUUUUACGUAUAAUUUUAAUAGGCAUAAGAAAUUUAAGGAUUCGUUUUUACAUGAACUACGGUGUCAUCAACAUAUGUCAACUAUCUGUAACUGA